AUGUCCUCCGAGCAAUAUGGAAUGCGGAUGUCGACAUCCUCGGGCUCGCGCUCAGCCUCCGGCGCUUUGCUGGCGAGUCCUCCAAUCGAGUUAAAUAAUGAUCUUAGCCCUUGCGCCGCCACCGCAUCAUUGUUCCUCUUCGCACAAGGCCCGACUAUUGUCGCUAUACAUCAUGACAGCUUGGCUGUCGACCGGAAGUUUCACCGCCAUCGGGAUGAUGUUCAGAUAAUAGCCGUCGACAAUGUUAGUGAAAGGGGAGCAGGCCGCUUGGUGGUUAGUUAUGACAUUGGCCAUACUGCAAUAAUAUGGGACCUCUUUACUGGUCAAGAAAUCACUCGAUUUGCCUCUUUUGAGCCGAUCCGCGUCGCUACUUGGUUACGAAAUGGACAUGUUGCCUUUGGAAACAUCAAGGGUGAAAUCAUAUUGUUUGAACCCUCAACUUCUGAACAUAUAUCUGCCCGUACAAUAUUUGAUCCAAUCACUGCUCUAGCUCCAACAAUAGAUUGCAAUACCUUUGCCAUAGGGUACCUUAACGGCUCGAUUCUAAUCGCUACUCUUCUGCCAACAUUUACCAUUCUGCACACUCUCACAACCAUCAGGGGCCCGUCACCAGUUAUAUCACUUUCCUGGCAUGCUUCCUCCACCAAACAAAAAACCGAUAUGUUAGCAUCGCAAACUAUUGAUGGUGAUUUGUUUGUUUGGAGCGUGGCCAAACAGCCAUCUACAGAGUCACCUCGCGUCAUAAGAGCUUUGAAGAAAUCAGAAUCAAAUAAUUCCAGCCCUAAGUGGCUAGCUUGGUCAAAGAAUGGCCGUAUAAUUCAACACAACGAUGGAGAGAGUCUGGCAUGGGACGUUAGAACCAAAAAUGUUUCAUAUGAAACCAUUCCAACCAUCCAAGGGGUCCAAGGCAUUGCAAAUUAUGGACCAACGGCCACGCUUUUUACUUUGGGCCCGAAUCAUACUGUCCAGCAAUAUGAUGUAGCCAAUGCAACAAUGGUUGCGAAUGCCCAGCACCUUCCACAGAAGCCUGAUGUACCUGUAGAGCAGCCUCCAACUGGAGAAACUGCACUCACAAUUGAAACUUUGGCAAAACACACGGCGUCUGAACAAAAGCACAAAACACGACCUUCACAAGGGUCUUUACCAGGCGUCGAAUCAAAGCUUGAUUUAGUUCGUGCUGAGGCUUCAAAGAGCCCAGGGUCUGGAUAUAGCAUGCCUAUUUCUAAUGGCUCCAGGCCUCGCAACCGGACGCCAUACGCUCCACGCCCCCCUGGAUCCAAUUAUAGCGGGUCAGCAACCACAUUCUCCUUAGGGUCUCCCAGGCCAUCUAUUGCGGAAACUCUUCACUCAGGCUACUCGGCACGGUAUGCAAUGUCAUUAAACUCAACAGAGUCUACUAUGUCCAAGCUGCGGACGGUCUCUAUUCCCGGAAUCUGGGAUGAUCCAGUUACCGACCUCUUCCCCUACAUACGUGCUCGAUUAAACAGCGUAUCGAUAAAUCCUUCCCGCAGGUUCGAUGACCCAAAUCUUGGACCGGACGAACUACGAAGACAAAUGUUAGCCGUUGUGUUCGGAUGGGAAGGAAAUAUCGAAGAUUUGGUACGGAGCGAAUUUAAACAACAUACUUAUGGCUCCCAGCAUUCUGCCAUACUAGCGAGAUGGUUACUUCCAUCUGAUUCUGACAUAAUGGCGCCUAUGGUUGAGGCAUCGACCUCCUCAUAUGUCAACUGGAUGAUAAUUGCUCUCAGCUUGUUGACGAAGAAAGAAGUGUCAAAAGAGCCCGGUCAGGCGCUUGCCAAAAAGCUUUUAGCUUCCAACGAUCCCCACGCAGCUGCUGCGGUGCUAAUGGGUAUUGGAGAAGGAGAUCUCGCCGUUGAGCUUUAUGUGUCCAGAAAUCAGUUCAUGGAAGCCGUUCUACUAAGCUGCCUGUUGACACCAGCUGGAUGGUCUAGGCAAUCAUAUCUCAUUCGGAAAUGGGGAGAACAUGCAGCUAUCAACUCGCAGCAACACCUAGCAUUGCGUUGUUUUUCUUGCACUGAAACUGCAGCCCCGGUAGCCUGGAAAAGCCCAUCUAUACAGGCUUCAUUCUCCGGCCCAUCCUCAGACAAGAAUCAAGGAGUUUCCUUAAACGCUCCUCCUUUAACUAAUCUCUCCCCAACCUCUCGUCUCAAGAAUCAAUCACUGAAGCUCAUAACUUCAUUUGGUUCAAAUAGCAACUCCGCUUUUCAGUUCCCAGGCCUUGCCUCUGCUGACAGGACCCCUACCAACAUGCCUGGGGUUACACCAAUUGAUGCUGGGUUGGGAGAUCAGAUGUUCUCCCCUGGAGGGUUCGGUAAUAGUCUUCGUCCAGGCGGUCAUCGAGCCCAGGGUGCAACUCCGGUCUCUCGAUCGCACCCUGCGGGCUUCGGGAGGGAACGGCUCCCCUCUAUUGGAGAAUCACCGAACGACCCUACUCCGACGGUAUCAGCUCCAAAGGGCCGCCUACCCGCUGGUGAUCAAAUGUCUGAACCUGAUAAGGAUCUCAAAGUUAUUGAUGUGCCUCUAGCACCACCCCCGGCCGCAAAUCUUAACCCAACAAGUACUACAGAUACUCUAGAAUAUUUAACCCCGGCGCGGUACACGCCCCUGAAUGAGUCAAUGAAGGAGAAAGAAACGCCUAUGACAGCCUUACCUCCUGACAGGACUCUAAGCUCUUCUUCUGGCCGGGAAAACAAGCUAGAGGCUGCACUGGGACAGAAAGAGCGUGGUACGAAUGGUUCACAAUCCCGUAAACCCGACGGACUGCAGAUUCAGUGGCCCCCUGCCGAUGACCAAUCCUCCGAAGAUCAACCAUCGGAAGACAUAUACUACCAACAACCGUUGUCAACUCGCCGAAAUGGCGAGAGAAAUGAUAGUGUGAUGAGUCCGACCGCUUCUACCAGGAGUGCAAGAUCCGGCGCAAGUGUACCAUUAAGUGCGAAAAGCCUAGAUAAGUACAUAAGCAGCCUUGACGGAGCUAGCUACCAAUCCCACAGACAAAAAACGCAUAAGAAGUCCGGCUCAAGGGCAAGUUCGAAAGACCCUCAUGGGCGUGGGAGAAGCAAACAGAGAUAUAUACAACCUGCUAAGAGGUCACCAUCAUCGCCCAUCCCCAUGUCACCAGAAGAUAUUGCUCUCUACUCGUCCUCCUCCAGAGAUUAUAUUGGCGUCCGGCCGUCGUCACGUAACGGGAGGAAAAGCAGCAGGAUGCGCAGCAACAGCCCUGGAGGUGGGAGCAGGGUAUCCGGAAGAAGCACAAGCAGGCGCCGAGAUUUCGAUUAUGGAAUUAAAUCGCCAACCUCGCCUAUACCAAUGUCUCCGGCUGAAGGCCACGACAGCAGCGGGGAUCCUGACCGUAGGUUUAGACUGUUAAACGCCGAGAGAAAACAGCGGUACAAGUCAAGAGAAAGAAGUGCAAACCGUCGUCAUGAUCGUAGUAGGAGUGCACCUCGAUAUUCUUCGGCUGAGCAGAGGAAUGGGGCUGAAAAGGAUAGUGAUACUAGUGGAGAAAUGGCCAAUCGUCUUGAUCAAAGCUAUCAGACUUAUAAUUCCCAUGAUGAGCCAUUUCAACCACAGCAGCUUGGCCACAGCCAGGUUGACAAUCAGCUAGAUGAACAUGGCAGGAAACGAUCGGCUGCCGCAGAACUUGAAGCUCGCCGCCAAUCCCUAGCUCGUCGCCCUUCCGCUCCUCCUAUCCCCCUCCCUGGCGAGGCAAGCCUCAACCAAAUUCUAUCUGGCCGUCCUUCGCCUUCUCCCGGUCCUCAGAGCCAUGCUAGAUCUAACAGCUCUUUUAGUCAAAGGGCAAUGUCCAAAAGUACUGGUCCUACCCCUUCUAGUCUUACAGAACGUGUUCCAUUCACCAUGCCAAUUGGUCUCCCAGCGACCCCUAGGGCAAUGAGACACCCAAAGUAUAGCACUGGAUAUAAUGACUCAGAGACACCCGAUGUACCUGAAGUACCACCCCCGGAUGCAUUCUAUAGUUAUGAUAGGCGACCAUCCUUCAAUAUACCUCGGUCCAUGUCUGCCCCAAUUCCGGACGAUGAGAUGCCAACUCAUCCUCAUUUCCAGCGCCAGCUUCCGAGUAGCCGAACAAACCGAACACCAAACCACAGGCGUGAGACGUCGAAUGAGGGCAUGACGCUAGAGAAUUCUCGAGUAGAGAACCUACGAGCCGAGCACACUCGGAUCACCUCUGGGCCGUUGCCACCCCUUCUUCCGGAGCUUCAACAUCUGCAUGCUACUGCUACUCCUCCACCUCCUCCACCUCCUCCCGCACCUCCAGCGCGUCAGCCAUUACCUCCGGCUGCUCCUAUACACAGUGAUGCCCCGGUGCAAGACGAAGGGCGGAAUUCGUUUAUUUCGGGUGUUGGAACGAUUAACAUUGCUAUUGACGAUUCUCACAGCCCUGCACUUUUUGGUCCAUCCAACCCAAACCCCAAUUUCCGUGCAGCAUCGCUGCCGGCACACCAGCAAUCAUUGCAUCAAUUAGAAGGGGGUAUGAGAGCGUCUGCGGACCCUCAUAAACGUGGCCGAAGUGUAAAUGACAAUGUGCAAUUCAAAUUCCGCAAUCUUACUGAUCGCAUGAGAAGCUCAAGUCGGCCUCGAAAUGGGCGUUCCCCUGCUUCAGAUCGUCAAGAUGUAUGCUCUCCAUAUGAGAGCCUGGCAACUAACGGCACAAUUGAAAACAGAAUCUAG